GCCCGCCGUCUUUGACGAGCGUCAAACUCGCGAAGGGCAGCGCAGGGCCGAGACGUGUUGCCCAGAGCCGCCCGCCGCCCCGGCCCCUUCCCUCUCUCCCUCCCCUCGCGCCGAGGCUCGCCAUGGACCGGAGGAUCAACUUGAGCGGCGACAUCUUCCACAAAAGUCUGAGCGCCGUGUCCGGCGGCAAGAAGAUGCCGCCGGACGCGUACCGGGCCGGCGCGGACGAGCGCCAGCCGUCGUCCGGCAUGGGCUGCUUCGACCCGGGCGACGCGGACCCCGUCCCGCACGGAGGACUGCGAGCGGGGGCUCUGGGUCUGCCCACCGGCUCGCUGUGCGUCAAGUACGGCGAGAACGCGUCGGCGGCUGCGGCGGCGGAGAGCAGCGGGGGGGAGCAGAGCCUCGACGACGACAGCGACGGGCGCUCGUGCAGCGACGUGCUGCUGCUGGCCGAGCGCAAGGGCAAGGCGGAGGGGGGCAAGAAGAGCAAAGAGCAGAAGAUACUGCGGCUCAACAUCAACGCGCGCGAGCGGCGGCGCAUGCACGACCUGAACGACGCGCUGGACGAGCUGCGCGGGGUCAUCCCGUACGCGCACAGCCCCUCCGUGCGGAAACUCUCCAAGAUCGCCACGCUGCUGCUGGCCAAGAACUACAUCCUCAUGCAGGCGCAGGCGCUGGAGGAGAUGCGCCGGCUGGUGGCCUACCUCAACCAGGGCCAGGCCAUCUCCGCCGCGGCCAUCCCGGGCGCCACCGCGCUGGCCGGCCCGCCCCCGGGCUUGGGCGCCUACGAGCCGCCCCCGCCGCCCGGCUACCCGUCCUUCCCCUCCGCCGCCGCCGCCGCCGCCGCCGCCGCCGCGGCCGCGUCCUCGUCGUGCCCCGACAAGUGCGCCCUGUUCGGGGCGGCCGCCUCCAGCCUGCAGUGCAAGCAGUGCACUGACAAGCCUUAA